UGGUGAUCACCAGAGUCUGCAGGCAGGUGGUCCGUCGUCCUUUCUCCGGUGUCAGAGCUGCAGAGAAGAGCUGAUCAUGCCGGGACUUCUGCUGGGAGAUGUGUUCCCCAACUUCGAGGCCGACACCACCAUCGGCAGGAUCAAGUUCCAUGAUUUCCUGGGCGACUCAUGGGGGAUCCUGUUCUCCCACCCCAAGGACUUCACUCCCGUCUGCACCACUGAGCUCGCCUGCGCCUCAAGGAUCAGCGAUCAGUUCAAGAAACGGGGCGUGAAGAUGAUCGCCUUGUCUGUUGACAGUGUUGAGGAUCACCGCAGCUGGAGCAAGGAUGUGAUGGCUUUUAACAGUGAGACUGAAAGCGUUCUGCCGUUUCCCAUCAUCGCUGAUGACAAGAGGGAGCUGUCCGUCCAGCUGGGCAUGCUGGACCCCGACGAGAGAGACAAGGACGGGAUCCCCCUCACAGCCCGCUGUGUGUUUGUGAUCGGCCCAGACAAGAGGCUGAAGCUGUCCAUCCUCUACCCCGCCACCACAGGAAGGAACUUUGACGAGCUGCUCCGAGUGAUCGACUCGCUGCAGCUCACUGCACAGAAGAAGGUCGCCACACCUGUCGACUGGAAGCCUGGUGAGAAGGUGAUGGUGAUCCCUUCGCUCUCUGAGGCUGAAGCUGCCGCUCUCUUCCCCAGCGGCGUCACCACUAAAGAGUUGCCUUCUGGGAAGAAAUACCUGCGCUACACUCAGCCCUGAAGAGGCACAGCUCACUACAUCCUGAUCUAGUUCACUGUUCUUUGAAUAAUGCAAAUCCUUGGCUGAUUACUCAUAUUUAGAACCAACCAAAAGUAUGUAGAAGCACUUAUCUGGUUUGAUGACUAGUAAAAUGCAAUGAGUAUUUACAGUGUCAUUUCUCAGUGCCUUGUUUCCUUCAAUAAACAAUUUUUCACACAA